CCUUCAGGGGUCGUUUUCAGUGUUUUUCGGUGAUGGCCACACCGCGCAGGAUUCAGCUCACUACUCUCUCUCUCCAUUCUGCUGUUAAUACCCCCAGUGAGAGUGAUUUACCCCAUACAGCGGAGUUAGUUCCCCCUCCUGCCCCUUCCUCACCGGCGGAGCGGACACUCAGUGCCAGGAUAGAGCUCGUGCUGUUUGAGCCGGAUGACACGCGCUGUGCGGAGUUUCACUAUCCGCAGCUGACUGAGGAGAGAGGUGGAGAGGGGGCUGUGAGUGAGGAGCUGCAGGAUGGAGAUGGAGAGGAACUUCAGGAUCUGGCCAGAAUGUUCCAGAAGAAAUACGGAGAAACUCCGAAACAGAGGAAAGACCGAGUCCAGGAUUUAGUGGACAUGGGCUACGGAUAUGACGACACCGACUCCUUUAUUGAUAACUCGGAGGCUUAUGAUGAGCUGGUUCCAGCCUGUCUGACCACCAAGUACGGAGGGUUUUACAUCAACGUCGGGACUCUGCAGUUUCGUCCAGCUUCAGGUGAAGAAAACCAAAGCGAUGACUUCGAGGAGAACGUUAAACCCAAGGUUUCUUUCAUCUGUGUUCAGAAACGGAAACUAAAAGAAGGAGGUGAGGUGAAGACCAAGAAGAAGAAGAGAAAAGAGGACGUUCGGCCUAAAGGAGAAAACACAGAACACAGCGUAUCGUCAGUAGAUAAGAAAAAGAAAGGGAGUAAACAUCAGCAGAACCUCAGUGGCAUGUUGAGGAAAUUUCACAAGGAGAAGCUUCAGGAGCUCCAGCUGUUCAACAUGAAGAAGAAGGAACCUCCUCCAGGAGCUGACCACGACUCCAGAGACCAGGCCGAAUCUUCAGCUGACCUCAUGUUGACGCUCGAUGGUGCUGACGAUCUUCACCGAGCAGUGGAGCAGGAUGAGGUCCUGACUAACGAUCAGAACCGAGAGACUCUAGCAGAGACGUCUCACACGUCACUUCCUGAAGCUCCUACACAGGAGCGGAGUCUACAGGAACCUCCUCAGGACGAUCAGCUGACGGUUCUGAUCCGGAGACUGGAGGAGACGGUGUUCAGAGUCAUGCCCGAGCAGAUCGACCGCUUCAACCAUCACUGCAGAGCUCACUCCCAAGCCCGAGCUGCCAAAUUGGAGGCUAUGAAAGAAAAGCGAGCAGGUGAAGGAUCAGAUGAAGAGGAGGAUGAUUCGAGCGGAAAACGAGUUUUUGGUCCUCGGAAGAGAUUCCGAUGGAGCGAGGAGAUCAGGGAGGUGUUAUGUGAGGUGGUGAGGCUGAAGAUGAGGUGCUAUGAGCUGGACGCUGCCUCUGGUCAGAGUUUAGAAGAUUAUUUGAAGUGUUUUUUGGAGGCGAGUGUGAAGUCGCUGUGGCCCAGAGGAUGGAUGCAGUCCAGGAUCUUGCUGAUCGAGACUCGGCGAGUUCACGCCCACAUCACGGGAGUAGCGGCGAGGAAGAGAACACUGACCGCUCCGAAAUCUGAGAAGGGUCGUCGUGGAGCUGGAGUCUGUCCUGGGAAUACUGGGAGGAAGUUUGAAGAAGACGUGGAUGUUCGGACAGUUCCUCCUGAUAAACUGCCCUCAGGAGCUAAGUUGACCAUGAAGAAGAUCCCGUCUGCCUGUGGAGGCGUGUCCGUUCUGCAGAGGCAUCCUGACCAGGAGAAGACACCUCAGAACCUCUCGGGUGUGGACGGAGACGUCUAUGUUCCUCUGUACAGUGCACCUUUCACUGCGGCUGUGGCAGCCACAGAGGGUUGGUGUGGAGAUCCGGCUCUUCCCACUCCAUCUCUCUCUCACCAGAUGUCCUCUCCUCCCAGUGCUCCAGGAUCAGGAGCGUUCACCAUGGUCACUCCUCAGCACGCUUUACCCUUCCCCAGUUUUCCCCAGGACCUCAAGCCUGCUGGUCAGACAGGGAACUGCAUGAUGUCCACUCUGUCCAGUGCUGCUCCUGGAACAUUCCACUGCUCUCUCAUACAGUGAGGUGGUGAAAAGGUGAAGGAAAACUCCACCCAUGUGGGACAUGAGCAUUACCCACAAUGCUCACAUAGCCCUGAAACCUCGAGAGAGCGCUGCAGCGGCGCUUUAGUGCUUCAGCUCACUGACCACCUCCAUCAUGUGAAAAUUUCACUGUAAACACAUUCAACAUAUCCGUUUUAUUUCAACAUUUCUCAUUUCAGACACUUUUUAUUUGAUUUUGAUUUAAAAUGCAGAAGAUGACAAAAGAACAUUUGUUAAUUUCCUCGUAACACAACAGGACUUUACUGUGGUGAGGGCACAGAGCUAACGAGGAAGAAAUUCUCUUUUUAUUUAACACUACAUCUAUAAUGAGAAAAAAAGUAAUGCAUUUAUUAAUAAAUAAGUAAAUAAAUAAAGUUAAAGUUGAAUGAAAUCUUUGAUGAUGACUUUAAAAGUCGGAUCAAAUUUAUUUUAUUUUAUUUUCGCUCUUCUGUGUCUUUAAUGAUCUGUUGAAUAUUUAAGGAAAUAUGUUUGACUCUGAAAUUAUUCAGUAAUGAUGCGCUCCCUGACUCCAGCUCUGUUAAAUUCAAAUAGAAAUAUUUUAUUUAUUUUACUAAGAAGCACUUGGAGAGUAGAGAAUAAAAUCUUUACAUUCUGUUGAAACAUGUGACAUGACACACAGCAUCAGGUUUAAUGCUCCGAGAGAGAGAGAGAGAGAGAGAUGAAGUGUUCUAUAUUCCAUUACAGCAGUUUUUUUUUAGCAUUAGAGUGUAUAAUGAGGACCAAUUUCUCCUCCUCCGUGUUACUGGACACACUCAGUGAUGACAUGUGAGAUGUUGAUCAUUGUAUGAUUGUUAAACUGGACAGAGGUGUUCUGUGAUGUUAUAAAUGCUCUCUAUAAUGACCAGGUCUCCAUGAUUAGAUGUUAUCUAAUACACUGAUCAGCCAUAACUCUCUGACCACUGACCGGUGAAGUGAAUAAGACUGAGUAUCUCCUCAUCAUGGCACCUGUUAGUGGGUGGGACAUAUUAGGCAGCAAGUCAACAUUUUGUCCUCAAAGUUGAUGUUAGAAGCAGGAAAAAUGCACAAGCGUAAGGAUUUGAGUGAGUUUGAUGAAGGACCAAAUUGUGAUGGCUAGACCACUGGAUCAGAGCAUCUCCAAAACUGCAGCUCUUGUGGGGUGUUCCCGGUCUGCAGUGGUCAGUAUCUAUCAAAAGUGGUCCAAGGAAGGAAGAGUGGUGAACCGGAGACAGGGUCAUGGGCGGUCAAGGCUCAUUGAUGCACGUGGGGAGAGAAGGCUGGCCCGUGUGAUCCGAUCCAACAGACGAGCUACUGUUGAUCAAACUGCUGAAGAAGUUAAUGCUGGUUCUGAUAGAAAGGGGUCAGAAUACACAGUGCAGGACGGGUCAGGGCUGUUUUAGCAGAGAACAACACGAUAUUAGGCAGGUGGUCAUAAUGUUAUGUAUUUAUGAUGCUUUCUGAUCUAAAUAUACCCAGUGAUAGUUAUAAUGCUUU